UCCGGCCCCAGUAAAAGAAUCGCACUUGUUAACGUCUGAGUCGGCCGUUUCUCUGUUCUCUCCACUCUCGAUUACACGUCGCGAACAAGGAGAGAGAGAGAGAGAGACACAAGAUGGCUUCACCUGCGACGAUUCCGAUCUCGGCUCCGCAAUCCGCCGCCGCCGCCGGCCAGGCUCAGACGGGAAUCUCCACUCCAGCUUUUCGAGCGUUCAUCUCCCGUCUUUCCUCCUCCAUCAGGCAAGGCUUGUCUCUGCGACGGCCGUGGUCGGAGCUUCUGGAUCGGUCCUCCUUUUCCCGGCCGGACACUCUCUCCGAGGCCGCCUCGCGCGUGCGCAAGAACUUCUCCUACUUCCGCGUCAACUACGUCGCUUUACUCGCUGCCGUACUCGCUUUCUCGCUCCUCUCUCACCCGUUGUCUCUCCUCGUUCUCCUGGCCCUCCUCGCUGCCUGGUUCUUCCUCUACCUCUUCCGGCCGUCGGAUCAGCCCGUCGUCAUCUUCGGCCGCACCUUCUCCGACCGUGAAACGCUCGGGAUCUUAGUUGUGUCUACCAUUGUUGUCGUGUUCCUCACUAGCGUCGGAUCGCUACUCAUCUCCGCUCUUCUUGUCGGAUUAGCUCUCGUGUGUACUCAUGGAGCUUUUAGGAUUCCGGAGGACUUGUUCCUUGACGAUCAGGAGCCAGCCAACGCCGGAUUCCUCUCCUUUCUCGGCGGUGCGGCCUCCACCGCAGCCGCUGCCGCUGCCCCAGCCGUCGCAACUCGCGUGUAAUCAGAUCGCAUCUGAUUAGAUCUCAUUCAAGUGGAGAACACAAAGGAGGUUCGUUAAGGCUUCUACACAUACGUGGUUAAUUUGGUUACCUACUCAAAUUGAACUGUGAUAUUAAAAUGAGAAAUAGCCACUGAUUUUGCAGAAAUUCGUUAGAUACUCUGUAUCUAGUUUGGAUCUGUUAUCUCCUAAUUUAGAUCUAUAUACAUUUGCUAUCCUUGAUUUCCUUGUGUCUGUAUCAUUAAAUCAUUGAUUUUCAUGAUGGAGUUUGCAAUCUGUUAAUUGUUACAUUUCAAUAUGAAUCUUGGCUUUCAUUUCA